CCUUUUGAAAUAGAAAAAACGGUUGCUCCAUUUCUCCUCUUCAAUCGAGUAUCUUAUGCAAGAUCAUAACAACGGUAUCGAUGAAAGCUUGAAAGUUUCCAGGGAACCACUACAAGAAAGAAAUCAAUGCACUGAUAAUACUCCAAGCGACCCAUCCUCGAAACCUUGGGAACCAAUAUCAUCCCAUAACCAAGCCAGUCAAAGAAAUACUCUUUAUCGAGUAUACGAAAUGUAUUCCUUUCGUGGUGGAGGGAUAGGUUUUCGAAAACCAGGAAUGAAAGUAGAAGGUUUCCGAACGUUGAUAGUGGACUCCAAAGUGUAUGGAAAGGAUAGAAUUCGAGCUCGUCGUGAAGCAGAACUUGUCGCUUCUGCCCUUUUAUCUAAAUCAGGAACGAGUAUUGACUUUGAUCAGUUUCUUAUGGGACUAGAAAUGAUUGCAAAAAGAAUACCUUGGUCCCAAAUGGAACAACAUGGAGAUGAUCGAAACUUCAAAGAAAAGUUGUUGACUAUGGUAUCUCAGUUAGCCAUUCAUUCCUCCAAUGAAAAUGACAACAAGUUAAGUUGCACAGCUAUAGAAGAAAGAAUACAUAGAAACAAACUGUUUCAAAACGUUAUGAUGAUGACUCCAACGCAAUCUCUGUUGGAAAAAAACCAAAAAAGCUUUCAAGUAUUGUACAGACACUAUCUACGUAGAGAUGCUUUCUUGAGUGGAAGCGAACACAAAGUUUCUGGUCCAUCUCAGUUAUCGAUCAACGAUAUGCGAAGGUUUGCUCAAGACUUUGGAUUGUUUCCCGACUACAUUCAACUAGAAAGUUUAAGAGAAACAUUAUUGGAUACUGUAAAUGGUUACGAGAAUAGAAGAGAAAUGACUCAUGAUAUGAAUAUAUCCGUAGAAUUGAAAAGUUUAGGAAGAAUGGAUACGUUGGUUAGUGAUGGUUGCUUACUAUGCCUUUGGAGAUGAAACAUUUAUUCAGAUGAAUCAUACAAAA